ACCUUUAGCGGCGGGAUGCUUGGAUUGAAACGAUACUUGAAGUUAUUCAACCAAUGACGUUCCUCAACUAUCAUAAAUUCCUAACUACGAGUUUCCGUGGUUACAGUGUCAAGAAACUGCUUCCGAAGUACGAUGUAAUAAUUGUCGGUGGUGGGAUGGUUGGAUUUGGUUUGGCUGCCGUUGCGGCGGCUUCCAAAUCUCUCGGUAAGAAAAGCAUUUUAUUGCUGGAAAGUUCUGGUAAAAAAAAGUAUCAACGUAAAGAAGAAUAUGAAAAUCGUGUUGUUGCUCUUAACGACCUUUCCGUAAACAUGCUGAAAGAUAUUGGUGUUUGGGAAUUUAUUCAAUCAUUCCGUUCUCAGCCUGUAAAUAAAAUGAAAGUAUGGGAAACAAAGUCAAACCUUUACUUAACGUUUCAACGCAAUCCCUUGGCAUAUAUAGUAGAAAAUGAUUUAGUUAUUGAAUCACUUCGUAAUUAUUUGGAAUCUAAUAAUAAUUCUUCAAAUGUGACAAUACUAUAUGAAACACAAGCUGAAAACAUUCAGCUGCCUUCUUCAGAUCAUCCAGAACAUUUAGUUCGUGUAGACGUUCAACAAAGGACACAGGAUAAACGGGAAACUGUUGAAACAGACCUACUUAUUGGUGCUGAUGGAUUCAAUUCACUUGUCCGUAGAACAGCUAAUAUUCAUACAAUUGGUUGGAAUCAUAAUCAAAAAGCUAUUGUUGCAACUUUAAAAUUGGAACAGGCUAAUAAUGAAUCUAUCGCUUGGCAAAGGUUUCUACCAACAGGCCCAGUUGCAUUACUCCCAUUGUCAAAAGAAUAUUCAUCAUUAGUUUGGAGUACAACUUCGUAUGAAGCUGAUCGUCUUAUGAAUUUAAAAGACUUAGAUUUCAUUCAAGAGUUGAAUGACUGUUUGACUAAACCUAAUGAAUCGACGUCACAAAUUGGUGCACUUUUCAAUAAGAUGGGACAAUGUUUUGCUAGUAUUGUUGAUUACUUUGGUAAUCAAAUAAAAUCUACAGACAAUGAAAGUGAAUCCAGCUCAUUUUCAACACCAACAGUAUUAUCGAUUCAACCAAAUACGAAAAGGGCUUGUUUCCCUCUAGGUUUUCAACAUGCCACAUUUUAUUCAGCUCCUCAUGUGGCACUAGUGGGGUAUGUUAAUCAUUUAAAUACCUAUUCAAACAAUAAUAUCAGUGAAUUUUACUGCUUGCAUCAUAGCCAUUGACCUUAGUUAGAUAACCACUGGAAACCUAAAAGCAGUGGAUAGCCAUUUCGCCUUAGUAUGGGAUUUCUCAACAGUGAGCACCUAUGACCCUACCGGCAAUAAAACACACUGCCUUCCAGUCUCGGAGAGUAAACUGUAAAAUACUAUUAGUUUGGUGGAGUAGUUUUUAACGCUACUUAUCAAUCAAUUGUUAUCUUUGAUGUUCGUUUCUAAGUGAGUCAGUCAUCUAUGAGAUGGUAUACACAUCCUGAGUAGUAAGAACAAUUAUACUAUAUGAUCUUCAGUGCGUGUGCAAUGACAACGGAAUAUUGCAGGAAAUUAAGAUUAGUUAAACUAUUAUAGUUUUGAAAUGCUACAUAUAUUUACGUUACUCAAGUUCCAAGUCUCAUUUCAUGAUCGUGUUCACAACGUUUCAUGAGAAUAUUUCGAAGUUGAAUAGGAGGUUUACUUGUGUGUUAUAACAAAAGCAAAGUUGGAAUCCACUUCAAUAUGUUUUUCUACUUUCAAGAUGAAUUUGAGUUACCCUUUACCUAUACAACGUUACAUCAAAUAGUUAUUCUGAAAACACUAAUUUUAAUAGAUUUUUAAAUUUUUUUUGCCCUUAAAAACGGUUGAAGAAAUUCGUCAUUGAUGCUAGGGGUAAUGUGUGAUGCAUAUUGAAUGACUAGUCUAUUAGGUCAAUGUUUCACCUUAAAUAUCUGCUUUAUAUUGUAAUCUCAUAAAAAGUGUACUUUUUGAAAUGACUCAUAGACGAUAUCUGUCGACAAUAUCCCUGUGUGUUGUUUCUUAAAGUUUCUCAGCUAAACAAAUUAUUAUUAUCAUUAUUAUUACUUACAAUUAAUGGGCUAAAUUACCUUGAUUCACUAACUAAUCAGAUGGUUAUUAAGGUACUCCUAUAUAAAAAUACACUCGCUUUUAUUGGAAAGCAUAUAUAUUAGACAGUAGAUAGAUUAAUUUUGAUAGUUAAUUUUGAUAUACCCUGUGGUGGACCAAUAAAAAUAUGAAAAUACCUUAACUUAAUUAUUACUCCAUAAGCGUAUCAAGAGAGUAAGUUUAUAUAACACAGAAACAAAUAUAUAUCCACAAUCAUAACGCUAUGGGGCAAAUAAUUCCAAGGAAAGUCAUAUAUAGAUCCAAAGUGUUUGUGCGUAAUCGACAGAGAAUAUGCUGUAUGGUGUUAGCUAAAGCGUAUUCAACAGGAUUGUUAGUAAACAAUUAGAAAACCUCAGCCAACAAAGUCAAGACGAAGUGUGUGUACGAAUACGUAUAUUUAGCGAUUGUUUAUCAAUAAGACACAACAAGUGAAUAGGAAUAAAGGAAGUCACCUUAAACGAAAUUCUUCACUCAUUACAAUAUUUGUAUACAUUGAAUAUAAAAAUUAUAAAAAAUUGCAAAUAAUUAAAAAAAACUUUGAGUUUAUUUCAACCAUCCCCAUAAUCCUAUUUCUCUUGCUUUUUCGCCUACAUCACCUUAUAGUAAUUGAUUCUCGUAACUGCCACCUAUCCUUCCUAUUUUUGUUAGAUUUGCAAGUUUAUGUGAGGAAGGGGGCUGUGAAGUCAUCUAAAGUCAAAGUGAUUAUCACAUUAAGUCAGAGGCAAGGUAUUUUUCCAAACUGGAAUAUCAAUUAUCGAGUAACCUGUUUGAUCACUCCCCUACCUCGCUCUCCUUUUAAUUUACAUAUUCAUAUAAUUACAGUUCAGUAGUUCAAACCCUAGUAACUGGCAGUUUAACUGUUUACUAGGUUAUACUGAGUGAGUUUUAUUAAACCUUUAACUUUGGUUGGCUGUUAUAAGAUAUUUUGGUGAGAUUAUUCCAAAUAAAACUAUAGUCUAUCGUGUGCACUAUUUAAAGGCUUUAUUAGACUGAAAUACUAUUUAUCAAAAAUAUUUCAAGAUAUUUUUGAAUUUAUUUGUUAAUUGUUAGUUGCACCUCUUUUAAAUGUUUUUUUUCUUAAAAAACAUACCAUUAAUGUAGUGAUUCUGCUCAUCGAAUACUACCACUUGCUGGUCAAGGUGUUAACCUUGGUUUCGGUGAUGUUGUUUCAUUGGUUAAGCAUUUAGAAGAAGCUGUUUUGCAUGGAGCUAAUAUUGGUAAGAAACAAUUUUCACAACUAUUAUCACUAAUACUUUUUCUUUUAUUUGAUGCGCAAAACAAAAUCAUCUAUUUCACAGUUGUACUGAUUUCGUAUUGACACAUUUACGUCAAACUGAUUAACUGGAAAGGUAUAAAUUUUUUGGUGUUCGAUUGACCUAGUUAGGAAUUCAUCCUAUUUCAUCAAGUUUAUCGUAUUCGCUUAGCACUAUAACCCUAACCAAGUAACUACUUCCUGUUUCCUAAAAACACAGAGCAGCUAUGGGUAAAGUGUGAAUUAUAUACAUUACAAGUCAUGUCUAUUUAUGCACUUGUCUGAAACCUUAAUCAAACACCAUUGAACUUCACUUACAUAACAAUAAAGUAUUUGUUGUGAAUUUUGGCCAGUUAAUUAUCACUUGACUUAUUGGCCAGUCAGAAUACGACUUAUACACUAUUAGCACUCUGCCGAACCAAUGACGUAUUGACCGAUAUGAACAGCCCGGUGUCUUUAUAUGGUCCCUUUUUCCUGACUAUUGAGUCCAGAACACCAAUAUCAGCUUCCACUAUACGAAUCGUAUAUUCCAAACAUACUGGGUUUAUUUAAAAAGCGAACCAGUCCACAUCAUACC